UAUAAAUACCGACGCAAGCCGAGCAGCUGAAUCACACAGCUAGCCUUUCUCUCCUCCCAGAGUUGCUACACAUACAGACGGGAAAAGGGGAUUCGUAUAAGCGGAUUAGCAUGGCGGCGAGGUUUGCAUUGGUGGCCGUGUGCGCGGCGGCGCUGCUGCUGUCCGUGGCGCAGGGCGACGUGGGGUCGGUGAUCACGCGGUCGGUGUACGACAGCAUGCUGCCCAACCGCGACAACUCCCUCUGCCCGGCCAGGGGCUUCUACACGUACGAUGCCUUCAUCGCCGCCGCCAACACCUUCCCGGCGUUCGGCACCACCGGCAGUGCCGAAGACGUCAAGCGCGAGCUCGCCGCCUUCUUCGGCCAGACCUCCCACGAGACCACCGGAGGGACGAGAGGCGCUGCGGACCAGUUCCAGUGGGGCUACUGCUUCAAGGAGGAGAUAAACAAGGCCACGUCUCCGCCAUACUACGGACGUGGACCCAUCCAAUUGACAGGGCAGUCCAACUACCAGCUGGCCGGGAACGCGAUUGGCAAGGACCUGGUGGGCAACCCGGACCUGGUGUCGACGGACGCGGUGGUGUCGUUCCGGACGGCCAUGUGGUUCUGGAUGACGGCGCAGGGCAACAAGCCUUCGUCCCACAACGUGGCCUUGGGCCGGUGGACGCCGUCGGCCGCCGACACCGCCGCGGGCCGGGUGCCCGGCUACGGCGUGAUCACCAACAUCAUCAACGGCGGGCUCGAGUGCGGCAUGGGCCGCAACGACGCCAACGUCGACCGCAUCGGCUACUACACGCGCUACUGCGGCAUGCUCGGCGUCUCCACGGGGGCUAACCUCGACUGCUACACCCAGCGGAACUUCGCUAGCUAAGUACAUAUAUAGUUGACUGGUAAUCUGCACGCCAGGAGACCAGUACGAACUACAGUGCGUGCAGCAGCUGUAUUUGUAUGAUGUUUUAUUAUGAAUAAGGGGCAUACGCCCCCAUCGUGGAAUAAAGAAACUAAGAAUAUAUAUUUGCUCCGGCUAAUUAUGCAAUACACCGUAUAUAUAUCGA